UUAAUUACUUUGCUGGAAGAUAGGCGAGUCCUUUGGGACCAGACGCUGGAUAAAUACAAAGACAAUACUGCAAGUAUUGCAGGUUGGCGCGAAAUAUGCGUUAUUCUAAUGGAGGAUUUUGAGGCUAUGGAACAAAGACAAAGACAAGAGUUCGGAAGACUUGUUAUGAAAAAGUGGAGACAGAUGAGAGAUGCCUGGGUGAGAUCACUAAAAGAUAAAAAGAAUUGCAAGACGUCUGGUUCCGCUGUCUCAAACACGAAGCCUUACAAAUACCAUAAUCAGAUGCUGUUUUUGAAAAAAGUAGUUGCUGCUGGUGAAACGCACGAAAGCGUCUCUGCUAAACAAACUGAAGAACACACCGAAGAUGACGCCACGACAUCGAAUGAACCUACAAACGAAGAUAACAGUGUGACUACAAUGACACAACUUGACAAUGACGGUCAAAAGGACAAACAAAAUCUAGCCCCCCCGCCAAAACGCAGAGCACCAGCCAAAAGAUAUUUUAAUGAAAUGGAUGCCAAAAUGAUGUCCUGCAUCGACUAUCAGAUAAAACCGAAGAAAAUUGAGUAGGAUGAUUGCAAUUUAUCGUUCUUCAAAGGUAUUUUGCCGUCCUUGGCUUUGCUUGAUGAUGACCAAACUUUGGAAUUCCAGUCAGGGGUGAUAAACCUAUUACAAAAUAUUAAACUUAGGAGAGUUGGCCAGUCAACUUAUGACUGGUCAGCCUAUACUCAAACAUCUGGUGCUAGUCACUAUCAAUCUCAGGGCUAUUUUAGCAGACCACAGCCUACUGAUAGUGCACUAUCGCCAGU